GUUUUCAACGCAGUAUUUCCUUUGGUUUAUCCUUUCUUCUUCAUUUCCCUUUUCUCUCCUGCCCUCCUCAGUAAUUCUCUCGAUAUGUCGUACGCGAAUACCUCUGUCUGCCUUUCGCAGGCAUGUAUUCAAGCGUCUGGGGCUAUAUACUCUCAUCUCAGUACCGACUUCCAGAGUCUUGAUCCUUGUACAGAUUUUCCUACGCUUGUUUGCGGUGGCCUCCGAGAACGCAAUGUGAUUCCAGUAGGGGAAGUGGUUUUAUCAGAGCAGAGCAUGAUGAAAGAGACAAACCGAAUUCUUAUGAAGAAUAUAUUGGAGACCUCUUCUGAUACUUCUUGGAUUUCCCCUGGAUCUGUGGACGAGGAGAAUUUUAAUAAGCUUGUCACAAGCUACAACACCUGUCUAAAUGAGACUGCAAUUGAUGAAGCAGGCGUCCAGCCUCUAGUACUCUUUCUAGGAAAUAUUACUGAAAGCUUCCCGGUCGAGCUAGGGGAGCACACAAAUACCAGUCGUUUCGAUACUGCGGAUCACGAGGCAUUCAGCCAGACCUACCUCUUCCUCGCUCAGCACUCUAUCUUUCCUUUCCUAACAAUAGACGUGGCUUUAGAUCCUGAUAAUAUAGAAACUUAUAUCCCUGUUGUAUCACCUUCGGAUGACUUUCUCCCAAGCAAGGUUUACGAGAAUGAAAAAACCCGCUCUCUAUAUGAAAAGGCAGUUGCAAAAGUCCUUGGAAACGUAUUGCCCACAGAGGAUUUGAAGGCGAAAGCGGGCGAGAUGGCUCAGGGUGUAGUCCGCCUUGAAAGGUUGAUUGCUGCCAACCCGCCAAUCUCAAAUGACGAGACAGGAACAAUUCCGGUUACAACGUUGGAUAACGCCACGCAGGUAGCUCCUGAAUUUGACUUUGAGUCCGUAUUCAAGGCGAUAAGUCCCUCUUCGAUAGAUAGAAUAUCAUACAACUACCCGGAAUACUCCGUUUGGCUAUCUGAGACGCUGGCCAAAACCAGCAAUUUAGCCAUUCAGGCCUAUUUCAUCUGGCAGGCGAUUAUCCACUACGAACCAGAUGUAAAUGGAUCUGAACUAGAACCUCUCAAACGGCUCACCGAUGCGAUCAAUGGGAAGCAGUCUUACACCCCCGAAAGGUGGCGAACCUGCAUUACUCAAACCGAAUCGAAGAUGGGGUGGUUGCUUAGCAAGACGUACGUGGAAGCCAAGUACACGGACGCCGUCAAGAAGACGCUCGAGGAGAUGACGACAAGGAUUCAGAACCGCCUCGCUAGCAAUAUCGACCAUAUCGAGUGGAUGACCGAUGAGGUAAAGGCUAUCGCGAAGCACAAGGUCCAAGCCAUCACACCGAAGCUUAGUUACCCUACUCAGUCCCCCAAUCUCGACGAUGCUCAAUCGCUGAAAGACUACUACGCCACUUUCGAAGUUUCGGACUCUCACUUUGGUAAUUCCGUUUCCUACUCCAAGUGGAAAGCGCAGAGAACCGCCUCGCUGUUCGGGACGAAGAGGGAGAAGGGUGCGUGGCCACCUUCAUCCGGCUCUUCCCUAACGAUCAACGCCUUCUACUAUCCAGAAGAGAACGCCAUUAUUAUCAAUGCAGGAACACUACAACAGCUGCUUCUGGACCCGGAGCUACCGGCGUAUAUGAAUUACGGCUCUCUUGGUAUGGUCCUCGGGCACGAGUUUACGCACUCGCUUGAUAGUAGCGGGCGCAUGUAUGAUGAGCAGGGCGUGUUCAGCGACUGGUGGGAUGACAAGAGCGAAACGGAAUUCAAUAAACGCGCAGAGUGUCUCAUAGAGCAGUACGAUUCUAGCAACUUAACAUUCAGCGAUGGUAGGCAGGUCUCCGUCAACGGUACUUUGACACUGGGUGAGAAUAUCGCCGACGCCGGUGGCAUCAACACGGCGUACGACGCGUGGCUCGACAAGAAAGAUGAGGACCCGGAAUCCGACUUCGACAUGCCCGGGCUGUCGAGCCAUUUCACGCGCGAGCAGCUCUUCUACGUGUCCGCUGCUCAGUUCUUCUGCGACAAGGCAGGCGACAACGUUAAGAAUAUCUAUCUCACUGAUGUCCACUCGCCCCCUGAGGUUCGCAUCAAGAACAUGAUGGAAAAUUCGGAUGGGUUUAGGAAGGCUUUCAACUGCCCCGUAAAAGAGCCUACGUGUGUAAUUUACUAG